AUCAAAGUCGGAAAGUUGGCAACCCAUUCAUCGUGUUCUCCCGCCACCAUCGUCAUGGAGCUGUUGUCGGCAGAGCUGUCGGCGGAAACGCUGGCUGCCUUGCAAGCGCACUUGGCAACAGCCAAGCUAAACGAAGAAAGCGAAGUGUCGGAGGACUUUCGGUUGUCGCAAUUCUGGUACGACUCCCGAACUGGCGACGCGUUGGCAGCGGAAGCUUUUGAACAGAGCAAGGGCGGUCCGAUCGCAUUUGUGAGUACGCCAGCAGCAUUCAAAGCGCUCAAGGCGUUGCAUCCCGACCGGAAGGACGUCUACUUGUUCGAGUACGACCACCGGUUUGAGGAAAAGUACCCGACCGAGUUUGUCUUUUACGACUACAACACGCCGCUCGCGCUCGAUUCAAAGUUCCAACACUUCUUUGACUACGUGCUCGUGGACCCUCCGUACUUGAACAUCAACUGCAUGUCCAAGUUUGCUCAAACCAUGCGCUUCUUGUCCAAGGAUGUGUCCGCCCGCGGCCAGAUUCAAACUCCCAACGCAUUCAUCACAGGUGCAAUGCAUCGUCUUCCCAAGACGCUCACGUUGUGGAUGGAUGGCUUGUAGCGCACAUGCUGCGAAAGGAUAUCGCUGCCGACCUCGGGUUCACGCCGACCGGGUUUGUGCCAACUUUUGAUUCGAAGCUGUCGAACCGGUUCCUCACGUACACAAACUACGCAUCGGAGCGCUUUGGGCGGUGCGACGACGACUUUAGCGACUCGGACGAGUAGCAGCAUCCCGACGCGUACUCGAUCUUCGGGACCAUUAAGAUCUGUUGAAAGAAGCGUGGCCAGUCUGUCGUCGUUGGCGCGCAUCCUGUCCGUCACGAUUGCAUGUGUUUGUGUUUUAGCUCGACGAUCGCAUGCCCGCCACCUCGAGAUCGCCAGAUGCAAAAGAGAUGCAUGGGCCCAGAUGUCCUGCAUCGAGAGAGCCUCUAUCGUGAUGGCCCCGUCGUCUGGUCGCUCCAACCCUUCUCUCCAUGGAGAGUGUAACGUGGACGGCUUCAACAAUAUUUUGUUCUUCAAC